AACCGGUCGCAAAAGUGAAAACAGCCAUUACAACAACUUACAAGAAAAAAGAAAAGGAAAAGAAAAGAAAAAAUAAUAAGAAGAAGACUUUAGAGCUUUCUUUGUCUCUCUGCAAUCUCUUUCUAUACACCCAAAAUACUUUUACUUUGGAUCUCUAGUCCCAUCUAAUCUUCCCUUAAUCAUCAAAUUCCCAGGGUAUCUGUAUUGGGUUUCUUUUUUUUCUUUUUCCUGCUCGGUUAUUGUUAAUGGAGUCUUCUUCAAGUCAACCUGAGUUUGACUACUUGUUCAAGUUGUUGCUCAUUGGGGAUUCUGGAGUUGGCAAAAGUAGUCUGCUUUUAAGUUUCACUUCCAAUACUUUUGAUGAUCUCUCUCCUACCAUAGGUGUGGAUUUUAAGGUAAAACAUGUUACCAUAGGGGGGAAAAAGUUGAAACUUGCCAUCUGGGACACAGCUGGACAGGAGAGAUUUAGAACACUGACUAGCUCUUAUUACAGAGGAGCUCAAGGGAUAAUAAUGGUGUAUGAUGUCACAAGACGAGACACAUUUACUAAUCUAUCUGAUAUAUGGGCUAAAGAAAUUGAUCUGUAUUCAACAAACCAGGACUGCAUCAAGAUGCUUGUGGGCAACAAAGUUGAUAAGGAAAGUGAAAUUGUUGUCACCAAAAAAGAGGGGAUUGAGUUUGCCAGGCAAUAUGGAUGUCUUUUUCUUGAAUGUAGUGCAAAAACUCGAGUCAAUGUGGAGCAAUGCUUUGAGGAGCUUGUUUUAAAGAUUUUAGAAACACCAAGUCUUUUGGCUGAAGGAUCAAGUGGUGUGAAGAGGAACAUCUUCAAACAGAAGCCGCCACAGGACGUUCCAACUAGCAGUUGUUGCACAUGGUGAAUUGCGUACAAAUUCAUUAACAUAAGCCUUUACAGGAUGCUCGCUCCCCACUUAGUAGCUGUUGCACAGGGUGAUUUCAUACUAUUAAUUUAACAUAAGCCUUUACAGGAUGUUCCCAACUGGUAGUUGUUGCUCAUGGAUGGAUGAUUGCAUACUACCAUUGUUGCAGCUUUCUGUAUCCAAGUAGCCUCUGCUUCCACUGUUCUUUCUUCUAUAUGAUCGGCCAUGGACAAUGAACUGUAAAUUAUUUACAAAAUUGAUAAAUGUUUGAUGUGAAUGUUAUGCCGUGUUUCUUCACUUGGCCAGAUUAAUGUAUCUUUAUUUUAUGCUA